UUGAAUGAGGGGCCAUCAUCCCGGCGGCUCGGAGGUGGAAAAUACAGUUAAAAGUCUCUCUGGAUGCGUAUAAAAUGAACAAGCUGGCCUCUCAGACAGGCACCUGAGUGACCGUACAGCGCCAUUUCACCUCCUCGUUGGGUUUCUUGGAUGCACUCCUCCCACUUCCUGCUUCCCAUCUGAUGUUCCUCAAGAUUCCCCACAACUAUUGCCCUCAUUCUGACUAGAAAUUAAUUAAAAGAUACAUACACAUAUAUAUUUGUUUAUAACAUCCAGAAUUCAAUUACCUGUCACCUGCAUCACCCUCCUUCCCCUCUCCCUUUUUAUCUUAUCAUCAAAUUUAAAAGGGGUCAUCAAACACUCGUUACGACACACAACCACAUUAAUUCAUACAUACAGAAGCCACCAUGUCCUCCAUCCUUCCCUUCACUCCCCCGGUUGUGAAGCGCCUCCUGGGAUGGAAGAAGACUCCAGCAGGGAGCGGAGGAGCAGGGGGAGGCAUCGGAGGAGUAGGUGAGCAAAACGGGGGAGGACAGGAGGAGAAGUGGUGCGAAAAGGCUGUGAAGAGCUUGGUGAAGAAGCUGAAGAAGACCGGGCAGCUGGAUGAGCUCGAGAAAGCCAUCAGCACGCAGAACAGCAACACAAAGUGUGUCACCAUACCCAGUAAUUGCUCAGAUCUAUGGGGUCUGGGCUCAGGCCACACGAUAGAGCAGUGGGACUCUGCAGGCAUGUACGGAUACCAUGACCACAGCAGGUCACUGGAUGGGCGUCUUCAGGUGUCCCAUCGUAAGGGCCUUCCCCAUGUCAUCUACUGCCGCCUUUGGAGAUGGCCCGACCUUCACAGCCACCAUGAGCUGAGGGCCAUCGACGCCUGCCAGUUUGCCUUCAACCUCAAAAAGGAUGAAGUUUGUGUCAAUCCCUACCACUACCAGAGAGUGGAGACGCCUGUGCUCCCUCCGGUGUUGGUGCCCCGUCACACAGAGAUUCUGACAGAGCUUCCUCCUCUAGACGACUUUACAAACUCCAUCCCUGAAAACACCAACUUCCCUGCCGGCAUAGACCCUCCGAAUAACUACAUACCAGAGACUCCUCCACCUGGCUACAUCAGUGAAGAUGGGGAAACCAGCGACCAACAGAUGAAUCAAAGUAUGGAAUCAGGUUCACCAGCAGAAAUGUCACCCAGCACCCUGUCACCUGUCAGUCAUGGCCUGGACCUUCAGCCAGUUACCUACAGUGAACCAGCUUUCUGGUGCUCGAUAGCCUACUAUGAAUUAAACCAGCGGGUUGGAGAGACCUUCCACGCCUCACAGCCGUCUCUGACAGUCGACGGCUUCACCGACCCCUCUAACUCUGAACGCUUCUGUCUAGGGCUUCUCAGCAACGUUAACAGGAAUGCAACUGUUGAAAUGACAAGGAGACAUAUAGGUCGUGGUGUAAGGUUGUACUACAUCGGAGGGGAGGUGUUCGCCGAGUGCCUCAGUGACAGUGCCAUUUUUGUCCAGAGUCCCAACUGCAACCAGCGAUACGGCUGGCACCCUGCCACAGUCUGCAAGAUACCCCCAGGCUGUAAUCUGAAGAUUUUUAACAACCAGGAGUUUGCUGCACUGCUGGCCCAGUCAGUCAAUCAGGGGUUUGAGGCGGUCUACCAAUUAACCAGGAUGUGCACCAUCAGGAUGAGCUUCGUCAAGGGCUGGGGAGCAGAGUACAGACGUCAGACAGUAACCAGCACUCCCUGUUGGAUUGAGCUGCAUCUCAACGGCCCCCUCCAGUGGCUGGAUAAGGUGCUGACCCAGAUGGGUUCACCAUCAGUGCGCUGCUCCAGUAUGUCCUAAAUGCAAUGUCAAACUGACAUUUCACAACAUUUGACCAGUAUGUCCUGAGGAAGACCGCAGUGCAGUCUUAAACUGACGCACUAACAACAUUUUCAUCUAGAAAAAAACUGGAUUAUACAACAGACCUGGAGGACGAGAGAAUGACAUCGCUGAUGGACGAUGUUAAUGAUAUCACAGUGGACCUGAUCACUUUUGGCUCUGUUGGAUUAACGUUAAGAUGACAUUCCAGUAAUCAUGGACUUAAUUGAAAUCACCCUGCAAUACCAAAAGACGAGAGUGAUGUCACAAUGGACCAGACUGCAUUCAUGUUUUUGGUAUCUGACUGAGGCAUUGAUCCAGAAACACAAAGCAGGACGGAGCUCUACUGUCCGGCUGUUUUGGGGAUUGAUGAGCGUGAGACCUUUUAGCAACAGGGGCAGCCUCUCCAACCACUAGUCCACCUUACUGCUCCACUACUAACCUACCACAGCACAACUUUGAUUCCAGAUUUCUGUUUAAACAAGGUUGACCAACAGCAGUACUGCCAAUCCAGGCUCAACCAAAGUCAGCUCCACGCCUGGACAUGAUUUUUUUUCUUGGUUUUGGUGACCAAACUUCCAUUUUUAUCUGCGAUUUUCCUGCUUUUCUCCUGGUGAGUUCUGUGUUGUUAUGACCUAACAACUGGACUCUGAAAAGGGGCGAUCACCAGGAGAGCAAGUUGAUGUCUUUAAUUAAUAUUGCAUAGCCUGUCUUCACAUGUUCAAAUGCACGCACAUAUACACUGUAACACAGACAAACCUUACUAGCUAUUUUUGACACAACUGCAGAGCAUUUCGUCUUUGCGUUUUAUUGGUUCUAUUCAACCAUGAGCGUGCAGUGGGGUAGAUGUUUGGAUUAGAGCUCAAACUGCUGCUAAACAGCACGGAUAACUGGAAUGAGUUAGUCAUUUUUAGAACAUGUCCCUCUUCUGGAACUUCAUCCAAUCUUUGAACUUCUUUUCAGAGAGUAGGAAAGGCAUAAGGAGUUAACCACAGCUAAAUGUUUCUGGUUUUCGAGGCCCAAAAGUUUGCACUGACUCUGUUUCCCCCUGCAUGCUCUUACACUUUCUCUCUUGCAUUCUCUUCAUCAACUUUUUUACAAUUAUAUCAUCUUGCUUAUGAAGGAGAGUUGUAUGUUGGGCUUGGAGAUGUGUAGGAAUAGGACUCAGUAUAAAUGCAGUUCAAGAAUCUAAGCUUCAAUGUCGCCCCCUGCUGUCUAAAAGAAAAAAUACCAUCACUAAUGUUUUGCUGAUGCAAGUCUCUCUCGAAUAUACGCUUGGACUGAUGCACGGUUUCCCCAUUAUUGACAUUUUAUUGUAAGAAAGACGAGUCCUGCAGCGUGGGACUUUUGAAAAACUUCAGCUUCUAUACUGUACUUGCACUGCCCCAAAUUAUGCACACUUGAUAUUGCUACAAGAAAGUUGCCUUUGAUGUAAAAUACAGCAAGAUAUGCUUUGAAAUGUACAGAUAGGAAUGUUGAAAAGUCCAUUUUAAAUCAUGACAAUUACAAAAAAAUAUCUUCCAUAUUUUUAAGAAUGUUCACUAUAAUGAUUUUUCCCUGUAUAUUGUCUGAAUUGGCUUAUUAAAGAGCAUUAAUUUGAUUUUAAUAAAAUUUCUUAUCCCCAAUCUAAAAGCCAGCUGGUACCUACAUUGGUAUUUUAGAGUCCAAAUCUCAAGUAUUUAAGCUUUAAGUAUUUGACAAGCUAGUUAUACUACACAGCUAUUUUCUUUACACAUUCUUUUAGCUACAUUUUGUAUUGUGUAUUUUUUACAUAUGAAUAUAUUUAAAAAAUGUCAAAGCUUUCUUCCCUUUUAUUAGAAUUCAAUAUUUUUUUAGAAUAUGCCCCCUCUUCGAAAUGACAGCUUAAUGAUGAUUUAUGAAAUAUGUAGCAUAGGAUGCAACAUUUUCACUGAUUUUACCACAGUAGAAAUUUUGAGACUUAGAGGCUGAGUCAUCAUAAUUUCCUUUGUUUUCUUCAAAACUUGAUUUGGCUACUAAAAUGGUAAAAGUAGCUGAUGAAUUUGGGGAUUUUAUCAGCUGUCGAAGAAGGUAGUUUCUUGCUUUAUUCUUAUUAAUUUUAUCAGCUCUAUGGGCGUGACCCAAAUUAUGAUAGUGCUGUCCCAAAGACAGAAUGCAUGUAUCUACAAUAUGACCUGUACACUGCAGAUCCACUGUCACAAACUGAACUGCUGACAAAAACACAACAGCACCUGAUGACAACAUGACAUCAGACAGACGUUGAAUAUUUGAUUGGAAUAAUAUUGGUUUGAUCAUAUUUUAAUUGUAUGACAUUAGAAUUUUACAUUUUAUGGACAUUAACAUGACAUUUUUCCGAUGUUAGGUUCUGUUUUCCCUACCUUGUAACUAAAUGCUGUAACUCGAAAAGACGUUUUCAUGAGGCGUUUGGAAGACGUUGGAUUUUGGUAACACAUCUUAAAACCACCAAAAUAUCAACGUUACCUGCUAUCAGUAUUCUUUGUCAAACUGACGUUUGCAUUAGAUAUUGUCAUGACAUUGACUUUUGGUCACUCGAAGUCAUAGCCUAAAUUCAACCUUGUUAUGUCUAACGAUGUUGGUGGCAAACUGGGCAGUUUUCCAGUUUUGAAUUUUACUGGCUUGAUGAUUAAAAUUUCCGAUUUUUCUUUUUGGGGUUUGGUUAGUUGCAAAGUGUUUGGAUGAAAAAAAACCCAGACUUUUUGGAGAUAUUAGAGUUUAAUCCAGCAGCUAGGCAAUGCAGAUUUUUUUUUUUUUUUAACAACAAAGCAGUUGAUUUUCAUUUUAAAAGCUCUGAUUUUGAAGGCGGCGUUUGUAGAAUUCUGUCUUACUUUAGCAACACAGGACAUUCCAGUACACAGUGUAAAAGCUGCUGCCAAUUUCAGCUCUGCAGAUGUUUAAUUCUAAUGACUCCUAAUGUGUGGUUGUACACUGUUAAUUUACAGUGAGCGUGUUUACAUGCACAUAUGAUAUUGAAUUGCAUUCAAGGCCUCUUUACUCAGAGUUUAUUCUUCAUGUGUUUCCCAAUACAUCAGCAGAAUGCUACCACAAAAAUGGCUUGCAAGUGGGACGUGUAAAUAAAAGUAAACUGGACCAGG